AUGGCCACCAUCUACAUUGAUGAGGACGCCGGCCGGGACGAGGCUGCGCAGCCGGGCUCCGAGGCCUCCCCCUUCAAAACCCUCCAGUUCGCCUACCUUCAACACCCCGCCCAGGCCCAGUACCUGACGCGCAAGUCCGCGAGCCCCGACGAAGCUGCCCAGCAGUGGAAGCCCGCAGCCAAGUCGGCCAUGAAAAAGGCCGUCAACUACUUUGAGCAACAGAGGAAGAAGGCUGCUCGCGAGCAGGAGCUCGCCGUCCGCCGCAAGGGCGAGGAAGAGGAACGCGGCAAGGUCCUCGACGAGGCCAAGAAGGUUGUCCUGCAAGAGGAUGCCAGCCUCCCGGCGCCCGUCACCAUCAAGCUCGACGAGGCCGGCAGCCACAUCCGGCUGCGCAGGACGGACGAUGCCGAGGGCAGCGGCACCAGGGGCACCAGGGUCCGCGUCCUGGGCCGCGUGCACCGCGAGCGGAAGCAAAAGGACGUCCUGUUCGUCACCCUCAGGGACGGCUACGGUUUCAUGCAGGUCGUCAUCUCGGGCAAGCUGGCCAAGACGUACGAGGCCCUCACCCUGACGCGCGAGACCUCCAUGGAGAUUUUCGGCGAGAUGCGCGAGGUGCCUGCCGGCGCCCGGGCUCCCCUCGACCGCGAGCUGCACGCCGACUUUUACAGGAUCCCCAAGCACUGGCGGGCCGCCGGCGGAGACGACGCCAUCACCAACCGUGUCCAGGCCUCGGCCGAGCACGCCACCCUGCUCGACCUGCGCCAUCUUACCCUCCGGGGCGAGACGGCGUCGUCUGUGCUCCUCGUCCGCGACGCCCUGGAAUUUGCCUUUAACCGGGCCUACCACGAGGCCAGGAUCCGCAAGGUCAGCCCCCCGGCCCUGGUGCAGACCCAGGUCGAGGGCGGCGCCACCCUCUUCAAGUUUGACUACUACGGGGCCGACGCCUUCCUCACCCAGUCGUCUCAGCUAUACCUCGAGACCUGCCUGCCGUCCAUGGGCAGCGUCUACUGCAUCGAAAAGUCGUUCCGCGCCGAAAAGUCCCUGACGCGCCGGCACCUGUCCGAGUUUACCCACAUAGAGGCCGAGCUCGACUUUAUCGACUUUAACGACCUCUUGUCCCAUCUCGAGUUCCUCCUUUGCCGCGUCCUCGAGCUUGUCCUGGCCGACCCCGUGAUUGCCGGCUACAUCAAGGCGCUCAACCCCGACUUCCAGGUUCCCGAGCGGCCGUUCAUGCGCAUGAAGUACUCCGACGCCAUCCAGUGGCUCAUUGACCACGAGAUACCCAACGAGGAAGGCCACCCCCACCGCUUCGGCGACGACAUUGCCGAGGCCGCCGAGCGGAGGAUGACGGACAUAAUCAACAAGCCCAUCUUCCUCACCCACUUCCCUGCCCACAUCAAGGCUUUCUACAUGAAGAAGGACCCCGAGGAUGGCAGAGUUACCGAAAGCGUCGACUGUCUGAUGCCUGGGGUUGGCGAGAUUGUCGGUGGCUCCAUGAGAAUAGACGACUACGACGAGCUGCUUGCUGCGUGCAAGCGGGAGGGUUUGGAUCCCGAGCCAUAUUACUGGUACCUUGACCAGCGCAAGUACGGUAGCUCUCCCCACGGCGGAUACGGUAUUGGCCUUGAGCGUCUGCUGGCCUGGCUGUGCAAGCAACACACUGUGCGUGAUUGCUGCUUGUAUCCUCGCUAUAUGGGCCGCUGCAAGCCGUAA